AUAUUAUCGUUAUGCUGCUAUAGUUGUAGACGACAGCGGGCGCUUAGGAUGUUGACCUGCGAUAUGCUCUGAACUUCUCUGCGACGCCAAGCGCCCUACUUUGGGCACUAGGUAGCCAUGUUCAUAUACCUUAGUAAGAAGAUUGCCAUCCCAAACAAUGUUAAGCUACGCUGUAUUUCUUGGAAUACGGAUCAGGGCUGGAUUGCUUGUGGUGGAGAGAGUGGCCUUCUGAAGGUCCUCCGGUUAGACGGCACCACCAGUAAGGAUGUAAAGGGGAAAAAAGAAGGGGGGCCGCCGGGCGGCAACCUUUCGCUCAACCAGACGCUGGAGGGUCACAACGGCGCAGUCAUAUGCGUGUGCUGGAACAAUGCAUUCCAAAAGCUCACCACCAGCGACGAGUUCGGCCUCAUCAUCGUCUGGAUGCUCCAUAAAGGCAUGUGGUUCGAGGAGAUGAUCAACAACAGGAACAAGUCCGUUGUGAAGGACAUGAAGUGGACCUCCAACGGUGAGAAGAUCUGCAUAAUCUAUGAGGAUGGUGCUGUCAUCGUGGGCUCUGUGGACGGCAACCGUCUGUGGGGCAAGGAGCUGGGCAUGGAGCUGGCGCUGGUGGAGUGGUCGCCUGACGGCCGGCUGCUGCUGUUUGCCACGCCGCAAGGCGACUGCCAUGUGUACGACGGCAACGGCAACGGAGUGGCCAAGGUGCCGCUGUACUGCAACGAGGGCUACGCAGGUGCCUCCCGUAUCAUCGGCGUCGAGUGGUACGACGGUGUGGAGGGCUACGCGGAGCCCAACUGCCCGGUGCUCGCCAUCUGCCUGGACAACGGACGCAUGCAGCUCAUGCGGUACGAGUCGGACGACAACGCGGUGUGCAUUGAUACGGGCAUCAAGCCGGUGAAGGUCAAGUGGAACAUGAACGGCACGAUCCUGGCGGUGGCGGGCUUCCAGAUGAGCAGCGCCGUGGCAGACGGGCGGGAGCUGUGGAUGGUGCAGUUCUACAACCACAACGGCGAGCACAUGCGCACGCUGCGGGUGCCGGGCGGCGGCAUUUCGGGCAUCUCCUGGGAGGGCAACGGACUGCGACUGGCGCUGGCGGUGGACAGCUACGUCUACUUUGCAAACGUGCGCCCCGACUACAAGUGGGGCUACUUUUGCAACACGCUGGUGUACGCCUUCAACCGCCCCGACCGCGCGGAGCACUGCGUCAUGUUCUGGGACACCAAGAACAACGACAAGUACCCCAAGUACGUGCGCAAGCUGGUGGCCAUCCAGGCGUUCGGGGACUUCUGCGUGCUGGCAACCAAGGGCGAGAACCCCGGGGAGCACAUCCUCAUCCUGUGUAACGCCAUUGGCUCACCCGUGGAUUCCAAGUACAUCGAGGUGGAGCCCAAGUACCUGGCCAUCACCAACUACCACGUCAUUGCCGCGAACGACGAGGUCGUCUACGUGUGGCAGUUCCGUACCUCCUUCUCCAAGGUGCUGUCCACGGACAUCAACGCGGUGAAGCGCAAGGACGUGCGCGAGAAGAUGUUCUCGGUGGACGAUGCCAACCCGGCGCUGUCGGACCGCUCGCCCGAGUCCUUCCGCAACAUGACCACCCAGACCACCGACCCCAUCGCCUGCAUCACCGCAUGCGACUCGGUGCUCAUGAUCGGGCGCGCCUCGGGAGUGGUGAACCGCUACUCGCUGCCGCACCUAACGCUGGACGCGCAGCAUGUGCUCAGGUGCAGGCCGCAGAUGCUGGCGCUCAACUGCAACCUGUCCAAGAUGUCGGUGAUCGACAUCAACGGCGUGCUCACCUUCUUCGACCUGACGGCCAAGGCGGCGGGCGGGGGCGCCAACACCGUUGGGGAGCACCUGUCCUUUGAGCGCAAGGACGCCUGGGACAUGCGGUGGGCGGAUGACAACCCCGAGCUGUUUGCCAUGAUGGAGAAGACGCGCAUGUACAUCUUCCGCGGCCUGGACCCCGAGGAGCCCGUCACCUCCUCCGCCUACCUCUGCUCCUUCCACGACCUGGAGAUCUCGGCGGCCUUCCUGGACGACAUCAUGCAGCAGCCCGACCAGCCCGACCUGGAGUUCAUGGUCAUGUACGAGACGCGCAGCCUGCGUGACACCCGCGAGCUGCUCAAGAGCGCCAGUGUGGACGACGCGUACGCCUUCGUGGACUCCAACCCCCACCCGCGGCUGUGGCGCAACCUGGCGGAGCACGCGCUGGAGGCGCUGGACUUCACCACCGCGGAUAAGGCCUUUGUGCGCUGCGCGGACUACCAGGGCAUUCAGUUCGUGAAGCACCUGGGCAAGCUGGACGACAAGGCAAAGCAGCGGGCAGAGGUUGCGGUGUACUUCAAGCGCUUCGACGAGGCUGAGCAGCUCUACAUGCGCAUGGACAGGCCCGACCUGGCCAUCGACAUGCGCAUGCGGCUGGGAGACUGGUUCAAGGUGGAGCGGCUGAUCCGUGAGUCGGGCGGCGACGACGCGCAGCUGCUGCACGCGCACAACAAGAUCGGGCAGUACUACUCGGACCGGCACAAGUGGGCCAAGGCGGCGCAGUACUACGCGCAAGCCAAGAACAGCGAGAUGCUGGUGGAGUGCUUUUACGCACUGGAGGACUUUGUGGCGCUGGGCCGGCUGAUGGACGCGCUGCCCGACGGCUCCCCGCUGCUGUCCAACAUCGGCGAGAAGUUCCAGAGCGUGGGGCUGUGCAACGAGGGCGUCACCGCCUUCCUGAAGGCGGGCGACACCAAGCGCGCUAUCGACUGCUGCGUGCUACUCAACCAAUGGGACCAGGGAGUGCAGCUGGCGCAGGCACACAACUUCCCCCAGAUCGAGCAGCUGCUAGCCAAGUACGCCAACCACUUGUUGGAGAAGGAGAAGGUGAUGGAUGCCAUCGAGCUGUACCGCAAGGCCAACCACUCCAUGGAGGCGGCGAGGCUGCUGCAGGACCUGGCGCGCAAGUGUGCCGCUCAAAAGGUGCACCCCAUGCGUGUCAAGAAGCUCUACGUGCUGGCCGCGCUGGAGAUCGAGAAGUUCCGCAAACGCACUUUGGAGCUGGCGGGGCCGGACAAGGCAUCCGCGACG